ACAUUCAGGCAAAUACAACACUGACCAGCGCAUAUGCGUUAAUUAAUCACUUUUACUGUUUACUUUUUUAAUAUAAACUACGUUAAUUAAAUUAACAAUUGGUGCACCAAGAACCAGCUACGACGCGAAAACAAAGUGAAAAUCUCCUAGUGUCUGAAUAGUCGUCAUCGUAUGGUUUUGCACCUUCCAUCCGUUCCAGCAAUCGAAGAAAUCGCUGUGAAGUGACCUGAACCUGAAUCUUUGGCAAUCCAAAUAGCAAAUUACAAGUGUUUGUUGGAAUGCAUAUGUAAAUUCAGAGUAUCGGAGCGAGCGCAUAUAUAAUUUACAGUUUGGCCUUACACUUUCCAACCACAACAACAAAGCAAAGCAGCAGCAGCGACGGACGACCACACACACACACACACUGACUCGCUCUCACACUCUCGCCCUCGCACACACACACGCGCGCACGCACAGUCACACAGAGGGAGAGAGAUAACCUGGUGUGAGGCAAUCACCGUCAUCGCAUCGCCUCCGUUUGUGUUUCCCACAAACCCAGUCCAGCUUUUGAUUCGAAAUUUGAAACAUACCGAAGACGCGAAACGUGAACGCAUCAACAUUGAAAUAUGGGGCUUUUACUCUCCCGCUUAUGGCGAAUGUUUGGCAACGAGGAACACAAACUGGUGAUGGUGGGCCUGGACAAUGCGGGCAAGACGACCAUCCUGUACCAGUUCCUGAUGAACGAGGUGGUGCACACGAGUCCCACCAUCGGCUCCAACGUCGAGGAGGUGGUGUGGCGAAACAUACACUUUCUGGUGUGGGAUCUGGGCGGUCAGCAGAGCUUAAGGGCCGCCUGGAGCACAUACUACACAAACACAGAGCUGGUGAUUAUGGUCAUAGACUCAACGGACCGCGAGCGGCUGGCGGUGACGCGGGAGGAGCUGUAUCGCAUGCUGCAGCAUGAGGACCUGAGCAAGGCCAGUCUGCUGGUCUAUGCGAACAAGCAGGAUCUGAAGGGAUCGAUGUCAGCGGCCGAAAUCUCACGGCAGCUGGAUCUCACCUCCAUCAAGAAGCACCAGUGGCACAUCCAGGCGUGUUGUGCGCUCACCGGCGAGGGCCUGUAUCAGGGCCUGGAGUGGAUCGUUCAGCGCAUCAAAAACAAAUGACAGGCCACAAACGACCGACUAUAGUUCAUAAUUGUAGAAAAGUAAACAAAUUUGUAUGUAAAAUGUAAAUGUAAAGCCACACAACAUAAUAAUAAUAAUACUGAUAAAAGCGAUGUAACAGAUUUUAAGCGUUGUUCGCCGAUUGUUCGAAAAAAAGUUGUUGCCAAGCCAAUUUUAUUAAGUGUAUACAAAAAGAGAACGACACCCCCCCUCAAUGAUAAAAAUGAUGAAAAAUUAUACGAGUGGAGGAGGAGUAUGAUUAAUGAUUAUGUCUAAGAUCUAAGCCAAUUAACUACUUCCAAUAAAAUUACAAAAUAAACGA